AUGGAAACGCGAGUUUGUUCUGAGGCGCAACAAAGUUCUGUUUUGCUGACGUGUCCCCGCAAAAAACGUGCUGCCAUAAUUGGCUGUUCCGUGAUUCUGGUCAUCAAGUUCUGGCCUACAAAAGAACAAGUGCGCGAGCCCGAGCCCGAGGAAGAUUCGAACUUUACGAACCCAAAUUCAAAGAACCCGGGUUUUAAACCGAUUUUCUCUUUUACUGAGAAUCAGGAGAAGUUGUACGAUAACUUCUAUGCAAAUCUAAAUUCGUCCGCGGAGAUAAACGCUUAUGUUGAUGGAACUAGGUGGCCAGCAGUGAUGUCUAGUACAAGAUUAACUUAUGAAGAGGCAAAGGGUUUCUGUGCCUAUCGAAACAGCUCUCUUCUGAGAAGAACGACAAGUAUGAUCUCGCCCAUUCCCGAAUUCAUCCGCCAAUCGAGAUACAAAUACUGGAUCUACGCGGAGUACACUUCUGAUUACCAGAUUAUCGACAUGAACAAGGAUAUCCGCCGCAAAAUCGAAAACGAACUUGAAGCUGCAAAAGAAAGAAAAGACUUUGUCUACGUCUGCCGAGACUGUAAGCAAUUUGCAAAUGAGAGCUUGCCAAGAGAUUGCUUGAACAAUCAUGUUGAUGACGAUGUGGCAAAAUUUUCAACAUUUGAAUUUAUCUGCGAAACUCAAGUUUUUGAAGAUGAAAAAAUUCUGAUUCAAAUUAAUAAAACUAUCAACUGCAAAUUGCUCAAGUUAAAUUCGUCGUUUUUGGACGAAUACGGCCUAUGGAAAACCGACAAAAUAGAUCAAUUGGAGGGCAAAAAGUGGAAACUUACAUCGAAAAAGACGUCAAUGAAGGAGUUGAUUCUAAGUGGAUAUCUAACAGCGGACAUGCCAAAGGACGAUUUAAGCGAAGAAAUCGGAAUUCCUUGGUGCCCAAAUAAUCCCAAUCGACUUCAAGGAGCAUAUUUUUAUAACGGCAAUGUUCAUACCGGUCGGGUUCACGGAAGCAGGGCUUAUGCGAUCUGCCUUCUCGAGAAGACCAAUUGA